AUGAAGACUAGUUACCGUAAACGACACUCUUUACUCCUUGAGAACGAUGUUGCUGUUGGAGUUGCGAGGAGUUUGGUGACUCCCAGGGAUGUGCGUGUGCUGGGAAUGAGGGAUAAUAACCGAGUGGUGAGUGAUGCCAUGGCACUGAGCGUGCAAAGUGCGGCAUCUGUUGCAAGUGUGGGGCAUCGCCUUAUUGUGAAAUCCUAUGAGCGUGUGAUAAGGAGUUUGAAGAGGGAGAGGGAAAAUACGGUGGAGGCGAAUCGACAUCUGCUUGAAAUAUUGCAUGAAGAGAAUCAAAAGCUAUCAAAGAUGGUAGAUUUUUACUCUCAAGACAUGCAAAAGCAGCUAGAGGCCCUGGAUCAACUAGGUAAAUGCAAGCAUCGAGAUCACCACACAAGUUAUGUUCAAGCUAAGGGUGUGAUCUUUGGGAGCUCAAGUGAUGAGCCCCAAGAAGCUGUGUGUGAAAAUCCAAAAGAAGAGAUCCAGAAGGCCAAACUAAAGGCUCCUAUUGUGGAAUCAUGA